GCUCCGCUGGGUGAGUCCGCGCGCGGCUCUGUCCCGGCGCUGCAAGUGAGCUGCGCGUGGCCUCGCGGGCCGGGGUGCGGCGGCAACAUGCGUCCGCUGCUCGGCCUCCUCCUGGUCUUCGCCGGCUGCACCUUCGCCCUGUACUUGCUGUCGACGCGACUGCCCCGCGGGCGGAGUCUAGGCUCCAGCCAGGAGACUGAGGGCAGAUCACUGUGGUUCCCCUCAGACCUGGCGGAGCUACGAGAGCUCUCGGAGGUCCUUCGAGAGUACCGGAAGGAGCACCAGGCCUACGUGUUCCUGCUCUUCUGCAGCGCCUACCUCUACAAACAGGGCUUUGCCAUCCCUGGCUCCAGCUUCCUGAAUGUUUUAGCUGGUGCCUUGUUUGGGCCAUGGCUGGGGCUUUUGCUGUGCUGCGUGUUGACCUCAGUGGGUGCCACGGGCUGCUACCUGCUUUCCAGUAUUUUUGGCAAACAGCUGGUAGUCUCCUACUUUCCUGAUAAAGUGUCUCUACUGCAGAGGAAGGUGGAGGAGAACAGAAACAGCUUGUUUUUUUUCUUACUGUUUUUGAGACUUUUUCCCAUGACGCCAAACUGGUUCUUGAACCUCUCAGCCCCGAUCCUGAACAUCCCCAUUGUGCAAUUCUUCUUCUCAGUUCUUAUUGGUUUGAUCCCAUACAAUUUCAUCUGCGUGCAGACGGGCUCCAUCCUGUCAACCCUAACCUCACUGGAUGCUCUUUUCUCCUGGGAAACUGUCUUUAAGCUGUUGGCCAUUGCCCUGGUGGCAUUAGUUCCUGGAACUCUCAUUAAAAAAUUUAGCCAGAAACACCUGCAGUUGAAUGAAAUAAGCAAUGCUAAUCAUAUAAAUAGAAAAGAUACGUGAUCUGGUUUUUCUGUUUGCUAUCUCCCUGGACUCUACUGCUUAUUUGUGUAAUGGGUGUAAAGACCCUCAUUGUUUUUCAGUUACCCUCAGCAGGUGACUUAGACACUCUGUUCAUCUGUGGGCAGUGUCUUGUCAUAAAAGGACACUGCUCUUGAUGGUGAAUUAUAUCAGGUUUUUGCACCGGCCCUGGCUUAGCAGGACACGCUGUGAAAUGGAUGACCUCUUAGAAAAUCCUGUGUAUAUUUUAUUGUCUGACAAGCUCAGGAUAACCAGUUGUAUUUGCCUCAUGUCAGCCCCUGAGCGGCUUUGGAAGACGAUGCUGAUUUUCCCUGUCCAGUGUACCUCUUGCAAAGUGACAGACUGUUGUGACAGGUGUCCUGUUAAGUCCCUGUGGAUGUUAUUCAUAUCAGUGAUGACAUGUGAACCUACAUCACUGACAUCAUGCUUCAUCUUCUGUUAGUCUCUUGAAGAGUGUUUCUUUUGUACUUUUUUGCUGAUGACCUACCUCUUCAUAAGUCAAAUGAAACAAACCAAUGAACUGCCUGGGACUUCCAUAUAGAGCUCACAAAUCGAUGAUUUCUGUGAUCCUCAUGGUUGCAUGUCCUGACAGUUAAGCUGAUUGCAAACAGACCAUUAAAUGUGAAUGGAGCAAACUGUAUGUUAUGGAUAUGUUUUUGAGAAAUCCUUAUCCUUCUGGGUGGGCAGGGCCCUUGACUCACCUGAAUCAGAUGGUCAUCCAUACAUUUUCUCAUCUGUCCUUUCUGCAUGGGAAUCACUUCUGUGUCCUCCUUCCUGGGGAAUAAUUCAGGAUGGGAGGCUGUCAGCCCUGUAUCCUUGAAUGUUUUUUUUGGAUUUUUCGUUUUUGCCACAAAUAACUGAGGAAUAAUUGUAUUUUAUCUUUUAAUUCAAAGAGGAAAGCAUGGUUUCUGCUUACAUUGUUGUAUCUUGUAUCUUAAUUGCCUACAGCUGCCAUUACUUCCUACAGCUACAGUAUUGAAUUGGCACAGACCUGGAUUAAUGCUUCCAAGAACAGAAAGACCUUGGUGCUUAAACCAGCUCUGUGAUCUUGUACCAGAACCGUUGCUCUCGAUUAUCACUUGCUGAGUUAAUGAUUUGGCUUGGCCAAGAAUCUUGCCUAGCCUUUAAUCUAGGCCUCUUGAUCUACAUGAAUUCUUAGGAAUACUCAUGUUCUGUAGGAAGAAUGGAUUCCCAAAUAGUGUUUUUUUGGUCAUUGUAUGAUGCUUUCACACCAAGGAUGUCAUUUUUAAAAAUGUGUUUCUUUAAAAGAAGCCUUGAUAACAAGAGUAGGAGGGGUGAGGAGGUGGCAGACUAUGAAACCUUGGUAGUCUUCUGGAGUAGGGGAAGGAAAGACAAACAGGAAGUUUUGCCCAUGAUUGCAAAUGUGCCCCCUGCCCCUUUUCAGGAACCUUAGAUCUGUCUCCCACUCUCUACCCCCACGAUUUUGCAACAAUGUGCCUUAUCGGUUGUGUGUCUAGGCAAAGCAAUUUUCCAAUAAAUGGAUAUAAAUGUUCUAUGUGG